GAGAGAGAGAGAGAGAGAGAGAGAGAGAGAGAGAAUCUGCUGAGUCAUCAUGACUGGUCUCAUGAUGAUCGCUCAGCAGCAGUAACAAUAGCUGCACUUUAUCGAACACACACACACACACACACACACACACACACACACAGGUCUGAGAGAUGAGAGCCAGACCAACGCACCAUACAAAGCAUCUCAUUGAGUGCUUGUGGAGAUGCUCAUCUGUGGAGCUGUGCGCUCUAAGGACUGAUCUCAUCUUUUGCACUUCCAGGCUCCCUCUUUGUUGACUUCUGAUUCACACUGUUUUGUCUCCGUCCUGUUGUCUCUUGUGGCAACUUUGGUACAAAUGCGUAUACAUCAUUCGAUUCGCUUUGCCUUCAAUGUUAUCCCUAGUAGGUCUACAGUCUACAUCUAUUUUUCUACUUCUCCCCAGUCUCUAUGCUAGUCUCAGUUAAGGUGUGUGUGUGUGUGUGUGUGUGUGUGGUUGUGUGUGUGUGUGUGAGGCCUCUAACAGUUGGUUUUCCCCUGGAGUCCUUCCCACAAAUUGUACCACUUCCUCUUCUCUCACGUUCAUUUCAUUCCUAUUGGCUUAAAGCCAACCAAUAAGAGUUCAACAACACAAAGGUAGUGGGCACUGUCAGUGUAACCACCAGGAAACAGGAAGUCAGGGAAAUUCUAAGAAAAGUUUGUUUGUCACUUUCACUCAUGCACUGUGGCACAAAUGUGUAUUACUUUAACAUGUUCACACAACAGUGCUCCAACAGCAGAUUUCAGUUUGGUAUGUCUAUACUGGUUCAGAUCUGUUCAGAAGAGCAAGGCUCUUGUGGCAUGACGACGACUAACAAAGGAAAUAAAGCCCUGAAGGUGAAGCGCGAGCCGGGGGAGAAUGGCACCAGCCUCACAGACGAUGAGCUGGUGACCAUGUCAGUGCGGGAGCUGAAUCAGCACCUCCGUGGGCUCUCCAAAGAGGAGAUCCUGCAAUUGAAGCAACGGCGGCGCACCCUGAAGAACCGGGGCUAUGCCGCCAGCUGCCGGGUGAAGAGAGUCACCCAGAAGGAGGAGCUGGAGAAGCAGAAGGCCCAGCUGCAGCAGGAGGUGGACAAACUGGCCAAUGAGAAUGCUUCCAUGCGCGUUGAGCUGGACGCUCUGAGGUCUAAGUACGAGGCGUUACAGACGUUCGCCAGGACUGUGGCACGGAGCCCCACUGUCGGGGUCGGGGUUAGGGCUGGAGGAGGGGGAGGAGGGGGAGGGGUGCCGUCGUCAGUCAUUGGUCCACUCAUACCGGGAAAGGUGGCAACAGCGACAAGCGUGAUCACAAUAGUGAAGUCAAAAACAGAUGCACGGUCUUGAGGGAGGGAAAGAUAGAUGAGGGUGGAGUUCAGCUGCAACAGAGUAAUUCUUCUUCUCUGCCAGCCGCCUCUCCUCCACCUGCACUGACUUCAAACAGCUGGGCAGUCUCGAUCACAUGGCCUCAGCAUGUUCCCAUCACCUGUCUCUCAGAUCAGUGCAGGUGAAGGAAAGAAUGGAAGCAGAGGAAGAUUAUUGAGACUACAAAGAAGCCAGCCCUUGGUCAGCGCAUGAUCAUUUAGCACAGGACAGAUACACAGAGUUCCUACGGUCACUGAAAGCCUGGAAGAGUCAAAGAAUUUGAGAUUAGUUUUAUUCCAGGCUAGGAAAAAAAAAUCAUAAAACAUAAACGCCCAAAACACUUUGGAAAAAACAUGCAAUUUUGUUCAGUUCCGUUUACGUUAGUCAAAUGUUCGGUGUCGAGUUUUACUGCUGGUAGAUCUCUAGAUAUCUGUAAAUGCAUAAUAAUCCUGUCACACAUUUGCACAAUACAUUUGAAGUAGUCGUUAAACCAAAAUGUAGAACAUUUAAAUUUGCUAGAUCCACAAAAACAUUUGAAACCAUGUAUUACAUAUUUAUUAGAAUCAGAAGAACGGUACUCCUGAACUCCAAAAGAAUAGAUUUCUUGUGACCUGCUGAUUUCAGUGGCUGCAGAGGAGUUCCAUCUUGCUCCACCCAGCCAAGAACGUUUUCAAAAAAGUACUAUAGAAAAAUAUAUAUUACACAAUGGUGGUACCUGUAUUUCUACUGUUUUGUACUGUGCUGUCAUUCACAUGAGGUCCAAAGUGUAUUCUGUGUGUCAAUUGUUAUAUAUCAGGAAUUCUGUGAAAUUCUGUGGCGCGUGUUCGUUUUGGUAUUGCUAUAUUUAGUUAGUUGUAUUUUUUCUACGGUCUCUUCACUUUCUAUGUCCAACUCUCUUUCUCUGACGUAUUCUUUCUCUGUCCUUCCAUUUUUCAAUUCCAACUGGUUUCCAGUUAUUACACACAGUACUUCCUGGAUCUAACAGAGAGAGGGGGGAAAAGGCAAUUGAUAUUUACCAAAAAAACAAAACAAAAAAAACAACACUGUAGAGAAAAGGAGAUGAAGUUACUGAAACUGAAAAAGUCACUGACGUUAUCUCAGUUUAUAAGAAUUUUCAGGGAAAUGGUCAUUCGAACACCGGAGCGGAAGUAAGAUAAAGUUGUCUUCUGUCUGUUUGAGUUCCUCUCAAAAAUAUAUUCAAGAAAAUUGAAAGGGCAAGUGCCUUGGUCUCCUAAUGAUAUGCAUCAGGAAGAAGUCAAGAGGACAUGAACUGUGAAGAUUCAAUGCAAGUGCUUAUACCUGUGCUUAAUGGGAUACACUGACCAAUCAGGAAUCAGGUUGUGGCAGCAUUUAACUCUCGGUGUGCAUCGUCGUAUGAGCUGUGUAGUACCCAUCAGGAUUAUUAAUAUUAAUAUUAACACCCAUUUAUGUGACUUGGUUCAUUGGUUCAUUUACUCAAAGAAAAAACAAGAGGGGUCUGCAAAACAGGAGCAUUCAUCAGGAGUCAUUUAUCGUUCAUUUUCUUGCACAGUAUAUGCUUUUUGGAAAGGGUAAUGUCUAUAUAUCUGUUUUAUGUGAAUUACUUGGUUCACAUGUUUUUGACUAGGUUACUAACUCAUAAAUCUAGGUUGUUAUACCCACUGCAAAAAUGUCUUGCUUCAAAUCAAAGCAGUUUAGGUUGCAUUCCUCUUGCUUUUAACCACAAAGCUCACUUUGCAAGUGCAAAUGUGAUUACUCAUAAUGCAGUCUGCUGGCAGAGAUAUUUCUCUGAAUUUUCAGUCACAUAAAUGGGAUGUCAUUUCACUCGAGUUUUACCAGAAAAAUUAGUCUUAUGUGGUGUUCUAUACUUAAAAGAAUCUUUGUCUAUGUAUGGUAGAGUCUGGAAUUUUAUAAAGACAAUUAUCUUUGCAUUGUUUGUAACGACCUGUAAAAAAAAAAGGUAUGACAAAAUCUGUUUGAUAUACAGUAUCUCUCUAUUUUGCAAUUGUACCAAAAGUGGCUUAACUACUGAAUAGCUUUGUUUUCUCUCUAGUGACUAGGCACGUGUGUGUAACCGUGAACUAGCGUGUGGUGUGCUGUGUAGGUAUGUGACGAGGUAUCUAUAACGUUCACUAUUUCAUGGUUUUGACUUUGAUCCUUAUUUGAUUUCAGGCCGAAGCGGGUGAUGACACCGUGGGUAACUCUAAUUUUCUCUAAUCACAAAAUCUUUGCUCUCCCGGCCCGAUCAUUCAGCUCCAGCACUGCAGUCGUGUUAGAUCGUGUGUUUUAUCCGCUUGUACUCUGCUCUCAUGAUUUGUAAUUUUAAGUUCACUUUGGCAGACCCAUUUUCCGUGUAGUUGAACAGGCCUUUGUGGCUUUCUUUUGGCCCUUGCAGCGUUCAAAGCUUGUUAUUGCAGAUAAAAUGACUGAUGAGAUGAGGAGGUGUCAUGGUUAACCUCACAAGCCUCACUAUAUUGUGUAUUUGGGUCAUCUGUGGAGGUAAAAGAGAUGUGGAACUCAACAAUGGGCCUAAAUGGCGGCAUCACCCCUAAGUUAUUUUUGCAGUGUGUGAUAAAGAUGUUUGUUUUUGCUGUAUACAUUUUAUACAGUUAUGUAUGUAUAAUGUUGUUUCUGUUUUGUUUUGUUUGCGAACUGUUCUGUAUGUGUCAGGGAAGUGAAGCUAAUUUGUUUAUGUAUUUGGUGUUUUAUUAAGUGAAAAGGUGUUUUCUGCUAUUUAAUGGUUUGUCAAAGACUUAGGUUUACUUUAUAAAGUACAAUUGCCUCAAACAGUUUUUCAACAAAUGAAAACCUAAUUUAAAUUGAGUUAUUUACUGAAAUGGAAAAGAAAUUACAAUGGUUAAAAAAAACAGUACAAACAUGCAGCCUUUUACCUGAACCGCUACUUUUCCACUGUGAAGUAAAAAGGGGUUAGCUAGCCUACUGCUGUGCAGUUAUUAAGAUAAGCAAGAUAUGCCUUCAUUUGUACCCUACAUUCAUAUAAAAUAAAAUUCAAACAGGUGAGCAAUGUGCAAAGGCAUUGGAAGGGAAUGGGUGUGAGGUUUUAAAAUAUUAUUUCUCCAUUAUCUUUAGCCUGAUAACUAUUUGCACGUUCAGUCAACUGUGAAAUCAGAGAGCUACAAAUGUCAAAUGAAAAUGUCCGAUACAAUUUUUUAAAUGUCUUAUCACAGGAUUAUACUCCAUGGUAUUCAGCUAAAAGCAGAUAUCACCCGGUAUAUUUAUGUAUGUGAUCUAUAUAUUUUUUUAAAUGGUCCUGUUUUAUAUAUUAUUUGAUUUUCUACUUCUUUUUUUCAUAUAUUCUUUCUCUCCGUCACUCUGUUGCUUCCUGUCUGUCUUUACACUUGCUUGUUAAAUGAUGUUUUUGGUUUUUUUUGCUGGCAAGUCCUGUGUGGUGUGUGUGUGUGUGGUCACGUAUAAAAUAGGAAGCUAAGAUUAGGUCGUGUCAAGUUGAAGCUUCUCAGUGCUUGUCAAAAUAUACGUACUGUAUGUGCCACUGUCAAACAAUCCCACCCAGUCUGUAUUUUUAUGCUCCUCUUGUUUAAAAAUGAUGCACACUGUAUGAACAUAAAUGUGUUAACAUGGUGGCUGCUGUUUAAUAGACAUCUCUAAUUAUGCAAACUGUGUAGGGCAAAAUUAGACCUCCUGCCACAUGCUAUUGUAGUUGUCAUGUCAAGCUGUCAGUUUUAUAAUUGCAGGUACAGUGUGAUGUGACAAGGUUAGAGAGUUUAUACACAGAGUGUUUAGCAGUGUAUACUUGGUUUUAAAUGACAGUGCCAGUUUGUCUCUGUUUUAAUCUUAGUUAUGUGUUAUGUGGCUCACAUUGCUUUUUCAGUGUCACUUGACAAUUAACUGUGAAAACAUGAAAACACCCAUUAUGUUUUAUCAAUUACCAACUGAGAAAAAGACUGAAUGCAAAAUAUACUGUGGCUGUCAUGCAAAGCCUGCAGUCAAGCUGAAGAGUACCAUUAUUUUGUCUUCCAGGAUUGAAUAUCUUGUGGUUGUAGUGGGAUCAGGAUGUUAGGUCUCUAAACAAAUGAGGUGAAACAUUACAGUUUCUUCCUCAUUUUCACUCAGCACACAUGAUCAGCUGACAACAGUGACCUUUAGUGAUUAUCAGACAGGGCAGCUUUGUGGCUUUUCAUAACAGAGUUUAAGAGCUUGUAAGACAUGCUGACCUUAUUUUCCACUGCCUGUACAGGGGUCGUACCCUCCUUAUGAAAAGACAUUUCAUCACAAACCCAAUGGAACUACUCCUGAUCUAUAAAUAUUUUACAGCGGCAGAAAGGAGUGGUGGAGACACAUCUGAUAAAACUCUCAACCAUGUCCCACUCCACUUAUCCUAUUCCUGUAUACAAAGUGUCAGCAAGUUAACUCAGGAGGCUUCCAAGCCCUUCUUCAAAACUUCCGAUUCUUCUAGAAGAAGCAAAUCAUUAACUCCUUAUCUUGCUGCUUGGCCAAUCGGUAUGUAGUCAUUCAGUUGUUUUCCUGUCUAGUGAAUCACGCCACUGGACUCUAAAAGCCCUUUCAUCCACCGCCAAUGCCGAUCGAUGAGAGUAAAUGAACCAAGGAUUUCUUUGAUCGUUUGUUUGGUGUUUUCAUCAAUAAUAAUGUUUGUUUUGCCUCCCAGGUUAUCCCCCCCCCGUUCCUUAUGCUGCUCUCUCUUACUCUCUAUGCUGCCCCUGCCCUUAUCAGUUGUUCAGUCUCUAACAUGACAUUUUUACCCAGAGUUUGGGUAUCAUAUUUUUAGUUUUUAUUGUAACUGUCCACCUUUUUAAUUUGACUCAUGAUUUAAAAAACAACACACGUGUCUGCUGGUGAACAUUCGGCCAGGUUAUUCAUGGGAGCUGGGAUAUUUUUGUGUUUCUAAAAGUAUAUAAUGGUCAGUUUAAAGCUAUAAAAAAGUAGUGCGUUUGUGUGAAUAUGGCGUAGCCUAUUCAGAAAAGCCCUUGUAAUAGAACAUUCUGUGUUUUGUAAUAUUUCUGUAUGGGGUGUAAUACAUUAUUCUACAACAGUACUUUCUAUGGGAAAAUACUUAAAAUGUGACAGUCUUUGUAAGUAUUUAUCUUCAACUAAAUUAUUGUACCUUUUUUUUGCAAUUUGUAGAUACGUAAGUGAUGAUGACAAGGUAUUGGUAAUCAUGAAAUUAACUGUUUCAUCAUCUGUCCGACGCAUCUCUUAAUUUAUUGAUGUAUAUAGUGUAUGUUUGUUGAUAAACAGCUUACUUUAUUUUGUAUAUGACCAAUAAACAUGUUUUGAAAUGGAA